GUAUUGAUAGAUUCAUCACAGAUCUUGUGUAAAGACCAGAGCCAAGGGAUGAUUGCAAUCCCGGUUCUUGAAUUUGAUGGCCUGUCUGAGAAGCAAGGCCCUGGCUCAAAAAAGGAUAAAAAUGAACACGAAUCAUCCAGAGAAAACCAAGCCAUUGUGAGUUCAGCAUUAAAGCCAAAGGGGCGAUUUCGAAAGAGGAAGGGUGUCCCUCGCAAGGCUCCUUUCAGUUAG